AUGGCCUGCCGUGGAAAAUGUGUAUUCCUUGCACUGGUGACUGUUUGUUACAUGUUAUCAUCCAACCUUGAAGCAAAACCAAACUCCGAGGCUGACGCUCUCCUCAGAUGGAAACACACCCUUGAAAACCGAACAUCUCUCCGGUCAUGGACACCGCCGGCACCGUCGAUGAUCAAUACAACUGGCCCGUGCACGUGGUUCGGAAUUGCUUGCAACAUGGCCGCAAGUGUCACACAAAUAAGCCUACCAAGCACCCUAUUAACAGGUAAUCUUAGCAGCUUUGAUUUCUCUUCCUUCCCAAACCUUGUUACCCUCAAUCUCAAUAACAACAUUAUCAGUGGUCCAAUCCCAUCCCAAAUUGGUAAACUCUCAAGACUGACCCACCUUGAUCUUUCCAUGAAUUUUCUUUCUGGUAAUCUUCCCCUUUCCCUCACCAACCUCACCAAUCUUUCCUUGCUCUAUCUUGCAAAUAACUUGAUAGGUGGAGAGCUAGACCCGCGUCUAUUCACUAACUGGACAAGGCUUGAAUACCUUGAGCUCUAUAACAACAGUUUCACCGGAAUCCUGCCUUCAGAAAUAGGCCUCUUGACGAAUUUGAAAGAGCUAGCAUUGAUGAACAAUCGUUUCAAUGGUUCAAUUCCAUAUGAAAUAGGAAAUUUGGAAAACUUGGAUGCUUUGGCUUUAAGUCAAAACCAUCUAACAGGUCCUAUUCCUCCUUCUCUUGGUAACCUCAGCAAAUUAACUAUAUUGUUUUUGCAGCAGAAUAACCUUUCGGGCCCCUUCCCUCAUGGUAUUCUCAAUGCUCAAAAUCUGUCCCAUUUGCGUUUGUUUAUGAAUCAGUUAUCCGGUUCAGUACCUGAAGGAUUAGCAAAUCUCUCAUCCCUAGAAAAUCUCCAACUUGGUGACAACAAAUUCUCUGGUCAGUUACCACCUCUCUGUCUAGGAUCACGUCUUCAAUUCUUCACCGCACCCUCUAACAACUUCUCAGGUCCCAUCCCGAGAGGCUUAAGAAACUGCGAAAGCCUCGUUCACCUUUCACUUAAAGAAAACCAACUCACAGGAAUGUUAGACCAGGCCUUGGGAGUAUAUCCAAAUCUCAGUUACCUUGACUUGAGCUACAACAAGUUGAGAGGGGUUCUCUCACCUAACUGGGGAGGCUGUAGAAAAUUGACAGCCUUAAAACUCGCAGGCAAUAACAUCACUGGUGAAAUACCCAGUGAGUUUGGAGAAUUGGAUCAACUAGGGUGGCUGGAUCUCUCUUCUAAUCAAAUUGCCGGUGAAAUACCAAAGCAGUUGGGAAAAUUAUCGAAUCUGUUCUUCCUGAAACUGAGAGACAACCAGCUUUCAGGUCAGGUGCCGCCUGAAAUUGGUGGGCUUUCCCAUCUGGAGGAGCUAGACUUCUCUGCCAAUGGGCUGAGCGGACAAAUCCCAGAACAACUUGGGGACUUCACAAAGCUGCGAAAUUUGUGCUUGAGUAAGAACUACUUUAAUGGGACUAUCCCAAAUAAGAUUGGCAAUCUAGCUGUUCUGGGCUCACUAAAUCUUAGUCACAAUUUACUCACAGGUGAAAUACCUUUUGAGCUUGGGAAUUUGAUAAUGUUAGAACACCUGAAUCUAUCUCACAAUAUGCUCUCAGGUGCCAUUCCCUCUUCGUUCAGGCAGAUGACCGGCUUAACCACCAUCGAUUUGUCAUACAAUGAACUGGAAGGCUGCUCGCCGCCAAUCAUUCAUCGGGACAUAUCAAGCAAAAAUGUGCUUCUCAAUAGUGAGUUUGAGGCCUGCAUAUCAGAUUUUGGCACAGCGAGGAUUCUGAAGCCUGAUUCUAGUAAUUGGACACUCAUUGCAGGCACAUACGGUUAUAUGGCACCUGAGCUAGCAUACACAAUGAGGGCUACUGAAAAAUGUGAUGUUUAUAGCUUUGGUGUUCUGGCUCUUGAAGUGAUAAUGGGAGCACAUCCAGAGGAGCUUCUUUCCUCCCUGAGUACUGGUGAGAAAAGCAUUGAGCUUAAGGAGGUGCUAGAUCAGCGUCUCCCACCUCCCGCUGCUCUGUUAGAGAAAGAUAUUGAUUCUGUAGUGAAGCAAGCAGUUUCCUGCAUAAGAAUAACACCAAAUGCCAGGCCCACCAUGCGAUGGGUGUCUCAGGCAAUCAUCGAAGCUUAA